GCGUGGAGUAAUGCUCAAGCAUAUCCUGACGGGGCAACCGUCGUCAGCGGGCUCCAGGCACCAGCACAAUGACUACCAGGCGAAUUCGGGCUCGUUGCACGGCGGCCACCAUCAUCACCAUCAUUCCAAUCAUCAGCAGGAUCAACAACACCACCAUUACAACCAAAGCAGCAACGUUCGUGGAACAGGGAGCCAAGGACGGGGAGUUGACGUUUAUGACUCGGUGGUCCACCAGAGGGCCAACGCGUAUCAGGCCGCUACGACGCCAUCAUCGACUCAUAGACACCCUCUAAAUCAUUCUCAGUUGAGUGUGAAUAAUCUUUCCCAGAGAUUGAAUCACUCGCACGCUCUUAACUUGUCCACGUUAUCCACGUCGAAGCAUUCGGUGAACAGCGUCAGUCCUGUCGGUGGUGGGAACAAUAAUAACAAUAAUAAUAACGUGUCGACGACUUUGGGGCAUACGGUGGUGUCCCAGGCGCCGUUGCAUCAAGACAGUAGACCCAAAGCGAAUGGAGGCUUCGAUAUUUCGAGACUGUCCAGGUUACCCAGUCAGACAACUCCCUCACCUGCACCUGGUUUCCAGGGUACGACUACUGGGGGACAGUUAACGGGAGCCGGUUCCACGGCAUUUCCGUUGAAUGCUUCCUGGUCUUCGUCCCUGUCGAGGAAUCACAAGGACCAUGAGGCCGGAGCGAAAGAGACGUUAACCAGUUUGGGUUUGUUGUGUCUAGUGUCGUUGUUGUUGGCGCUACUCUCGUUGAUCUUCUUGCUGAAGAUUUCACCAUUAACGGUGACGCCGAGUAGCCUGAUCAGCCCAGAGGAAUACAGGAUCGUGUACGAAGUGACGUUGGCGCUGUGCGCCCUUGCCCUCUCUCUCAAUCUCUGUUGUCUUCUCGUUUGCGCUAUACAGUUCCUCUUCACCGUGAAGCUCGUCAAGACUUCAUAUCAAGGACACUGGAGUAACAAGUACCUGCAAAAAUCAUCCAUCAGUCGGAUAUGCGCUGUCGGAGGGUUUUUCAUUAGCAUUCCCGUCUUUCUAACUGGUAUGAUAUUAUAUACAUUCAUCCAGUUUCAUUCAACACCGGCAAUCGUCACGUCGGUUUUCAUAGGCCUUGGCAUCGUAUUUUGUGGAUGUGCAAUGGUCCAUAACGUCUUCGUGUGGCAGAGGGAGAAGACGAAUGCUGUAAAGGCAUUAGCGCGUGAACAGUGCGAAGCAGCGGUACAGCUGCAACGUCAGCAGCAGCUGCAACAGCAAAACCAGCCCCAGCUGCAGCACCAACAGCAACAACAGCUACGUGGUCCGUUGACCAUCCACCACGCUGGCUGCCCGACGAAAGUCGGUACCGUGACAAGCCAACUAAAUGCCAGCCACGCGACGCACGGCCGUACGACACAGUAUCAACACUAUCAUCACCAUCAUCAUCAUCGACACGUGUCAAUGUCCCCUCCGCCUUUAUUGCUCUCAUCACCAGCUCCGAUCGCGGCGACGCACAAUCACCUGAAUGUGAGCGGACAUAGAAACGUGGUCACUCCUCCGGACACACCAGCAAAUAGAUCGCCACCAAGUCCUGGAAAUAAGUUGAACAGAUCGCAACAUUUGCCACGGGAAGCGACUGGCAGUGUCAGCCCUGGACUUCCAACUGCCACUUUAGAUCUAAGUAGCGCAGCAACCACCAAUAGCCCGCAUGAAUUGUCUACGUUGGUUUAG